UUUGCAUGUAACGGUCAUGUCAUAUGUUGAUUUUUAAAUAUUUAAAAGGUUACUGUUUUAAAAUGGAUGAUUUAAGGACAAUCUUUCAAAAAACCAAAGAAGGAGAUUUUAAGGUGUCUUUGCGAAUGCUCGGAAAAGUCCAGUUAACUCAGGAUAGCGCUGUUAAAAUUUUUGUUUUUGCAUCACAUUCCUGUUGCGAUUGUAUAAAACUUUCCAAGAAAUUGGAUGAUGGAAACUUGUACACUAUUUUAGUCACCAUUGUGAAAUAUAUUACUCUUCCUGACGACAUGCAGUUGCUUCAGUAUAUGCAAUCACUCUUCCACAUACUGAAGUAUUACAUUCAACAGGAAAAUUUAGAAUUGUUAAGCUCCAUGGAAUCAAUAGUUAUUCCAACAUUUUUGUAUGACAUCCAUUUGUCAUUAAACGAGAAAGCUGCAUUUACAUAUGAGCAAAUUACAAAUAUCCUAUUAAAUUAUUUUAUAAACUAUGGAAAAAAAGGAACUACAGAAUAUAGUGUACAAUUGAUAGAAUUACAUAAGGUGAUUAUAAAAGGAUGCAUUAAACUAUUGAACCCAACAAAAAUGUUGAACUCUGCAUACAAAUGUGUUAAAAUACUUACUAUUCUUAAUACUGCGAGCUCUCAGUUGCAAAAAGUUUGUGUUUACUUCUUGGAAAUGUUACCCCCAUCGGCAUUGGUAAAUUCUUUGGAUAACACUGUUCGACUCGUUAGUAUUUUAGAACAUAUAUUUGAAUAUUUAAUAGGCGCCGGUUCUUUACUAGAAGUCAAUUCCCUGUUGAGCACUACUAAAUUCUACCUGGCAAAUGAAAAAAUUGAGAAUAUUUGGAAUGUAUUCGAAUUUCUAAAAAUAUUCAGUACAGUGAACGAAGCAGAGACAAAAAGUAUUGGAAAAUGGAGAUACUCAAUGGAAACAUUUAAACAACAAGAUCGUGAAUUUUUUGGCAAAAUAUUGCAAAAGUUGUAUAUGCCCUUGAUCGCCCUAAUGAAGUUUUAUGUGUCCGAUGGUGUCAACGAGUGGAUGGCCUGUCCUCGGGAAUUUGUAACUGAGCUAGUAGCAUGUUUGACGUGGAUAUCCUACUGCUUUACAGAAUUGGACGCUGAAUGCUCUUGUCAAUGUGGAUUACAACUUAAUUACUAUGGAUCAUUAAAACUGGGAUCCUUAAUAAGUUUUUUAUCAAAAAUUUAUGUAGAAUAUAAUAGGAAUUUGUCAUGCGAUUUUUACCAAUGCGCUAAAAGGAGUGCGUUCAGUUUUAUGGAAUAUUUGAAAAUUUUAAAGGCUCACAAAUGUGAAAAGUGGAUCAACUUAUGGAGAGAACUUGGAAUACACAUUUACAAUAUUGGCACAGCUUUGUAUGCCCAAAAUAAUAUUGUUUUUGAGGAUUUUUUUGUAUGCUUUUUGAAAUACUCGAUCAAAUAUGAAGGAAGAAGUCCUACAAUCUUGGACACCGAAAUGUGUGAGUCAUCAUUUAAUACUCUUUGCCGAAAAAGAUUUUCUAGUGGGGAUUAUGAAACCGCCAUGGCAUUUGCGGCUCUCUACUGCUUGUUGUACCAUAAACAAAGAAAUAACGUUUUCCAAAAUUACUGGGCCAAAUCAAAGGUCGAGUUGAAACAGCACAAUGAUAGAUCCAACAUCCAACAGUUGACUCUAGUUGCUGCUUUGGGAAAGUAUCAUACAUCUUUGGAGUGCAUCACGGAUCCCAGGCUUCUCUUGACUCGCGAUGCAAAAGUAGAUCUGUUGUCGUUUGAAAUCGAACGCUACAAAGCGAUUUGGAAAAGUAGAGAGUCUAUGAUGGCAGCAUUUAAACAGCUAACAGAGACAGCAGAUUUAUUGACAGUUUCGAAAGUUUUUGUUGCGGUCUAUAGCGACUUUGAUGUGCCAUUGCAUGAUGAAAUGGAUGAGUUAAUUCAAAAGUUGAUCGAAAAAUUUGAAGCCCAUAUAAAAAAUAACAAAGAUUUGUUUUUCAAAGUGAGUUUGGCCACUUUAUAUUUUUACCAUUAUAAGUGUUCUUCCAAAGAUAUUAUUAAAACACAUGUAAAGGAAAUGGAAAGAACAAUGCGCAUCGAGGAAAGUUCUAACAAGCGUAGCAUAGAUCCAAUUCCAAAAGACCCCAAUGACGAAUGUGACAUAGUUUCAGCUUAUGAGAGUUUAAUGAUAAAUCGGCACUGUAAAAUGAUAGAUAUUUUAAAUAAAGGCCUCAAUAUUCUGGCGCAUUUGGCGCAAGAAAAAAUAACAGAUAUGGUUAUAGCAAAUACUUGUCACGCCCUUUUGUUGGCGUUUGCCCUCGAAUACCGUUUACAUUUUUUUAGCUUAAGAAAAACUCAGGUAUACGAAUUGUCUCUCCGUUUUGCUGAAAUUGUUGGAGAUGAAAUAAAACUUCUUUAUUCUAUCAGUUAUCUCAUUGAAGCGGGCGAUGCGAAUAAGAAAUUACUGCAAGAACUUGUUUUUAAAGGGGACGCUUUGGCAAAGCGUUUGGAGCAAUUUUGUGAAAAAGAUCUCUCCAAUAAAGUCUUAAUAACUUACUACAUAUGUAAAGCGAAGGCCUAUUUGCAUACCGAUGAGGCCAUUUCCUAUAAUGCUUAUAUAAUUGCCGAACAGUUGUACAGUGGUUAUGAGGCACAAGCAGAUAUGGAAUAUCUAAAAGUUGAAUUGUUCAUCCUCAACUUCAAAUUGUCCCAGUCCUGUAAACGCGGAAAUCAUGAGGACAAUCCAAUGACCUUCCUAUUACACAGCGCCAUGGACAUUGUUGUUCUAUGGACUCAAUCUAGGCCAAUGCAGUCCCAUGAACUGUGUGUGCUUUUCGAUACCAUAUUAGAACUAACGAAAGUGUACUACCUAAUGAAACUGCCGCGAGAACUUAGAUUAUACAGCAAAAACUCCGCACUCCUAACGCAGAAGAUGCUUUUGCCGCUAAGAUGCGCAUCCUUCCUGUUGUUUCUCGCACAUUCAGAUUUACUUACGUCCAAGUUCGAUCAUUGCAAUGUAAAACUGAACGGUGUUAAUGUUAUAUUUAACCUGGAAAAGUCUAAAAGUAGUUACCAUAUUGACACUUCUUGUGAUAAACAAAAUUCGGAUAGUCAGGAAUUAGAGAUCGACAACGUAACUAAUCAGAUUCAGGAACUAGCCCUAGACUUGCCCCAACAUUACAAACAGUUCUCACCAUCAUCGCCCAAUUUGAGGGUCGAAGGUUUCAGUUUGCCAACUUUUAUGAAACACAAAGACGAGUGCUGCUGUUUCCAGUGUAUGUGUUUCGAAUAUCACUUGUUAUUGUUGGAAAAGCAUCAUUUGCAUGCCUUGCUAAACCUUUCCCAGAAUCAAAUAGAAUUGGGUGAAGAGUUUUUGUACGGAGGACAAAAAAUGUAUUUGAGAUUGAAAGAUAAAUACAAGCACUACAAGUUAAAAGCGAAAACGUACGUUUCUGUAGACUUAAUUUUUGAUUUUGAUGAUUAUUUUAUGGAGUGUUAUGGCAAUAUUUUAUAUACCAUCAGUUCCCGGGCAAUAAACGAGGGGCAUAGAGCUAAAGCUUUGGAUGUCAAUGGCCAGUUACUUAAACUGUUGCAGCCCAAGAAAUUGAAAUAUGUACAUUUAUAUUUUGACGCCUUAAUACAACGCCAAAGUUUCUUAUUACCUCUUGCUCCUCAGUUUAUAAGGAAAGUUGGGUACGAAACAGCGGAUUCUGUUACCGAUAAAACACCUGUUACACCUCAAACUAAGCAGUCUACUGUAACCGUUAGCGUAAGCGAUUAUGAGGCAUUUUCUCCUCCCAAACGAAGGAUAAAGAAGGUCAUUUUGUUCGAAUCAACCUCGCCUGAUGAGAGUGGUGACGGUGCGAUAUCUAAAGCCAAAUCCGGGAAGUCGGUACAAAGGACACCUGCCCAAACGUCGAAAUUACAAGUAUAUACAGAACCCAAGACUUAUAGUACGCGGUUAAGGAAAAAGUUGGCCGAAAAAGAUGACCAUUUAGAUAAGCUGUGUACUACCGACAACGGUGUAGAAAAUUAUCAGUCCAGAAAGCCUCACAUUUUAGCUGGAGCGUGUGCUUCGACUUCGAAAAAAAAAACUCAAAAAUCUAAGACAAAAGUAAACGCGGCUACAAGUUCCGAAGUUGUACGGAAAAACUUAAUGGAAGAAUGGGCCGGAGUUAAAGUGUCCAAUGGUGAAAAUACAAAUUCUUCUAAAAAUGAUAGCCAAGGUUCCAGCGUGAUUGCCGCUAGUCCAGGAAAUAGUCCAUGUAAAGGCUUAACCGCUUUAAACUCAAAGUCUAAGGAUUUAACAACAAAACUUAAGAGGUCAAUGAAGAAGAAAGUCGCUAGCAGUAAUUAUGACGUAUCGGAAGACGUAGAAAAAUUAUUCACAGAUGUGUCCGCCGAUAAGCCGAGCAGUAUGAAAACACACGCGGCUGUAAGAACAUCCGCGAGAAAACGACUUUUGUAGAUAAUAAAAAUAAAUUUGUUUUGUAAAAAAAUAUUUUUUAUACAUUUGCAAUAAAUUAAGAGAUGUUUUUUG